CAAAGCUGACAGCUAUUUGGUUAGCUGCUUCUACAUCCAAAUGGAUGCUGAGCCAGUCGUUUAAAACAGCCUGGUUAUUCGCCGAUAUCGUGCAUUUAACAAUAAUACAGCAAACCCUUUUGUUUUAAAGAUAUAAAGUUUCGCGAGUAUAUGUAUUUUCUCGCGUUGCUAAACAACCUGACUUUAGCUGCCUUCCGUUUUCUCGUUAGGAAAAGGCUAACGUUUGCACAAGGACGUCAGUGCUAGGUUAAAGCCUGCGAAGUUAACGUCAAAUUGAGUAUUAAUAUCCCGACGAAUAGUGAGUAACAGCACUCUCCGGUUCUUGUUUUUUCGGCUGCAUUUGCUUUCUGGGGGACAGAAAGAGCGAGAAUUCGUCCAUUUUGGCAGGACAACAAUGUCUACAUCCAACGCUAAUUUCAAAAACAAGUGUGUGUCCCAGGUGAACUGCAUAUUCUGUGAAAGUCUGCUCUGCACAAGAGGCAUGAAAGCUGUGCUUCUUGCAGACACUGAGGUUGAGCUUUUUUCGACUGAUAUUCCUCCCAAUAGAACUGUUGAUUUUGUGGCCAGCUGCUACUCUACUGAAAGCUGCAAAUGCAAACUGAGAGACAUCGCAUGUCUCAAGUGUGGUAAUGUUGUGGGAUAUCAUGUUGUUGCUCCCUGUAAACCCUGCCUGCUCUCCUGUAACAACGGCCAUUUCUGGAUGUUCAACAGUGAUGCUGUAUCUACUCUCAACAGACUGGAUGCGACAGGUCUAAAUCUGCUCCUGUGGGGAGAUCUUCCUGAACUGGAUGACAGUGAGAAUGAAGAAUCAGAAAGCCCAUCAGAGGAGGAGUGUAUUAGGUAGAGAGGGAAAUGAACAAUGUGAGAGACAUGGUACGCCAACAUUUGAGGUGGAGCUAAGAGUGUACAAACCAUACUUGAGAUAAGAGAGACAUUUCAUGUUUCAAAGGGUUAUUUAAUACUUCAUGAAAUCGGGCAGAGAAGGGCUGUUGCACUGCUCUGAAUUCAUGAAAUGCUCAAACCAAGGUGCACAUCUGGCCACACCCCAAUCAGUGAUGUCACAGCAGGUGUUUUACCUGAUGGAAAACACCUGCUGUGACAUCACUGAUAGGGAUGUGGACAGAAACACAACUUGCUCCAAAGUUAGAAACAAUAGAGAAAAGUACAGCCGAAGCUUUUGGCCCAGUGUAAUUUAGUGUUGAAUUUCACUUUACCAUUCCUUUCCCCAUCACUUUACACUGUUAAAAGCACACCAGCACACAAUGUCACACACGCUCUCUCCUUUCCUUUUCUCUGCACAUCUGCAUGGGCUGCUAUAAAACAUGUGGCUGAAGUAGAAUGAAAAUGACAGACAACUAGACUUCUUAAUCUAGUGCAUUCUACUUUUCAUCACAGAGUCUCCCCUGAGCUCAUGGUUUUGAUCAAACUCAUUAGAAGUUGGGGUUGUUCUCUGAUAGGGCAGUGGAACCUUUUAGCAAAUGCUGUGCUUUUUUGCUUUCAGUCCAAUUUUCUGAUGAGAAGAACACUUUCCUUCCGCCUACUUUCAGUUUAAUGGCAGUUAUAAUCUGUACAUUGAAGAUGCUGUGAUACGCAAAAACUCCCAUAAGAGUUAUGUCUUAAGGCUUGUAUUCUCUCCGUGUGGCUGGGUGCUGUCUGAAAGCUGGGGUGCUUUUGGAAUCCUGGAUAUUGGAGAAAUAGCACAAUGAUUGAAUGAUAUAUAUAUAUAUAUACAGUAUAUAUAUUUGAUUUAGGUUACCUCACGAUCUGACAUUCUAUCAGUGACAUUUUGAUAUGCUAAUACAGUGUUUGUAACCCAAUCGACAGCAGCAGUACGAGUCUGACUGUAGCAGUAUCUGAUACUAACAUACUAACGUAUGCAUAGGGUGUGCUUCCACAUAGACCUGGAGCAGUUGCAUUUUAAAGCUGAGUUUUUUUGGUAAGAGCUCAAAUAAAAAAAUUAAAAAACUCCUAGAUAAAUGAUAUACUGUAGGAAAGCUGGAAUGGGAGCUGACGAAGAUGCAGGAUGUGGAUCAUAAGCAAAAUGAAAACAUUCUGAAUUCUGAGUUCUGAAUGAAUGUUGGUGUCCAUGCUCUGUUUUUUUUAACAUUACUAUUCAAUUUCAUGUAGCAGAAUAAUUGUAGCACCAGAGAAAAUCCCCAAAGAAUCAUGGAACAUAUCAUAUCGAACCGACAGACUGCAUCCCCUUUAUAAAAAAAAUGGAAUGUCAUUUUUGGCCAGCUUAUUGAAUUGCAUUUCAACAUUUUAAGUAAUCUGUCGUGAAGUUACCCCUAAAUAUUGUAUUGGCCUUACUGAUGCUUGGAUGCUGUCACUGAACCUUUGUUAAUCUGUGGAGGUUGAUGCUGUAAGUGAGUCUGUCGUCUCUAGCUCGGUCUGUUGUGAAAGACACAAGCUUCAACAUCCCAUAGUCACAAGGGACUUUACUCAAAUCAGUCCUUUUUUGGCAGUGCCAUCCUUCUGCUCUUGUUAUUGUUUCACUGCUGUGCCCUGCUGAUACUAUGAUGCUGUCUUAAAGUAACAGUCCUUCUGUGAGUGAAUAGGAUUUGCCUGCAUUGCGGGCAAACAUAUAAUUAUACUUCUUACCUGAAGGAAAAGGAUAUAGGUAUUUUUUAACUAUAAUUGGCCUCUGUGUUUAUCUAUGCGAUAGCCUUUAGCUGUGGAGAAAUACAAAGAAAUAUUGUCCAGAUUUUCACUUUAAAGUCAUAACUUACCGUCUGAUACACUUGCACACCAAAUACUGUUUAUGUGGUAAACUGAUAGGAAACCGUUAAUCAGCUCCUUAUUUAUUAAAUCCACAAACCAAAAAUCUAUAACCACAUACUUCCUUUUUCGUUUACAAGCUUUGUUUACAAAUGCAUUGGUUUGUAAUGUGCUACAGUGCUUAUGUUUUGGUUCAGGUAUUUCAUAUUUCAUUUGUGUGUAGUGCUUUGUUUUGUACGUUUUAAAGGUUGGGUGUGUACAGUUUUACCUCAAGAAGGUAUCACUUGUGAGCUUCCUCUGGCUAGGACAAUUGUCAUGAUAAUCAUAUAAACAUUAUUUAAAUUGCUGUUUCUGACGUGAAAAACUUUUAUUAACAUGCCCUGCUGAAAAAUGUAUAUUUUGGAAUUGCACUGAAACUGCAUUGGUAGUUUAAAAAUGAUUUGUUGUUUUGUAUGCUUGUUAAAUUAAUAAACUUUUUUUUUCAAAAUA